AUGAUCGGAGUCAGUGCAGAUGUUAUUACCCAUAAGCUAAAUGUAGAUCCAGACAAUCUUCCAGUGAAACAAAAAAGAAGAAAGUUUGCUCCCGAGAGAAACCGAAUUAUAAAUGAAGAAAUUCAGAAGUUGCUUGACAUUGGUUUUGUUCGUGAAGUACACUGCCCACAGUGGUUGGCUAAUAUCGUUGUAGUCCCAAAAAAGAAUGGAAAAUGGCGAGUGUGCAUCGAUUUUAUAGACUUAAAUAAAGCUUGUCCGAAAGACUCAUUCCCUUUACCACACAUCGACAUGAUGGUAGAUGCUACGGCUGGGCAUGAAUUGUUGAGCUUUAUGGACGCGUUUUCAGGCUACAAUCAGAUUCUAAUGCACCCAGAAGAUCAAGAGAAAACUUCUUUCAUUACUGAACGGGGAACCUACUGUUACAAAGUAAUGCCCUUUGGGCUAAAAAAUGCAGGGGCUACUUAUCAAAGGCUCGUGAACAAGAUAUUCACUGAAUACCUUGGAAAGUCAAUGGAGGUUUACAUUGACGACAUGCUCGUCAAAUCUCUCAGGGCUGAAGAUCAUGUUAAUCACCUCCGACAAUCAUUCAAGGUUCUACAACAGAAUGGAAUGAAGUUGAACCCAACCAAGUGUACGUUCGGUGUACGUUCAGGUAAAUUUUUGGGGUAUCUGGUUACUCAAAGAGGAGUUGAGGCCAAUCAAGACCAAAUCAAAUCCAUUAUGGACAUCCCUUCUCCACGCACUAAAAAGGAUGUCCAGAAGCUAACUGGUAUAAUAGCAGUGCUUAGCCGAUUCAUCUCCAGAUCAUCAGAUAGGUGUCAAAAAUUCUUUGACAUCCUUCGAAAGAACAAAACGUUCCAGUGGACUCCUGAGUGCGAUCGUGCAUUACAAGAGCUAAAAGAAUAUUUGACGCAACCUCCUCUUCUGUCUAAGCCAUUGGAAGGGGAGAUUCUUUACUUAUACUUGUCAGUGUCAGUAAGUGCAGUGCUAGUUAGAGAGGAGGAAAGGAAGCAAAAGCCAAUUUACUACACAAGUAAGGCCCUACUUGAUGCUGAGACAAGCUACACCCACUUGGAGAAAUUGGCAUUGGCCCUGGUAGUUGCUGCACGAAAGUUGCGUCCAUACUUCCAAUGCCACCCAAUUGUAGUUCCCACUACUUUUCCAAUGAAGUCAAUUCUACAUAAGCCCGAGCUCUCAGGUAGAUUAGCAAAGUGGGCUGUGGAGCUUGGAGAACACGACAUAACCUUUCAGCCUCGUACAACCAUUAAGUCCCAAGUCUUGGCAGAUUUUGUGGCUGAUUUUUCCCCGUCCAUUCAAAAGGAAGCAGAAGGAGAAGCCAUGUGCUUGGACAAAGAAACAUACAAUGAUGGGUGGACCAUGCAUGUUGAUGGCUCGAGCACUACUCACGAUAGUGGUUUGGGUGUGUCACUAAGAUCACCUCAGGGGGAUGUCUUUGAACAAUCUUAUAAAUGUGGCUUCAAAGCCACCAAUAACGAAAGUGAGUAUGAGGUACUCAUAGCUGUAUUAGGAUUGGCUAUAAGCAUGGGAAUAGAUAGCAUCAUCGUCUACAGUGAUUCUCAGUUGGUAGUAAAUCAAAUGCAAGGAGACUACCAAGUUAGAGACUCAAAGUUAAUUGCCUACAUGACCAAGGCUAAGGAAAUCCAACUCUCUUUCAAAAGAUGUGAUAUCAAACAGAUCCCUAGAGACCAAAAUGUACAAGCUGAUGCCCUUGCCAAUCUAGGAUCCUCUAUAGAAGCAACAGAAGAGAAGAAGAUCAUGCUUGUUUACUUAGAGUGGCCUGCUGUUUGGAAAGGUCACCAAGAAGCCUUGGAUGUGCAACAAACGAGAUCAUGGAUGGAUCCCAUAAUUGAUUAUUUGAGAGAGGACAAACUCCCUGAGAAUAAGAUGGAGGCUUGUAAACUUAGAGUUAAAGCAGCAAGAUUUUCUAUCAUUGAAGGGACAUUGUAUCGAAGGUCCUAUACAGGCGUUCUCCUUAGGUGUCUGACCCCAGAGGAGGCCAAGCACGUGUUGCAGGAAUUGCAUGAAGGAGAGUGUGGAAACCACUCCGGACCACGAAGCUUGGCUCAUCGAGCACUCACUGUGGGUUACUAUUGGCCAACCAUGAGAGCAGACACAAAAGACUAUGUCAGAACAUGUGACAAAUGUCAACGAUAUGCUCCCGUCCCGCAUCAGCCAUCAGAGCCCCUCCAUCCCAUUAUAUCUCCAUGGCCUUUCAUGAAAUGGGGAAUGGAUAUUGUGGGCAAGCUACCAAUGGCACCUGGACAGAAGGUGUACCUGCUUAUGGUGACAGAUUAUUUCACAAAGUGGGUAGAAGGAGAGUCUUUUUCGUGUAUCAAAGACAAAGAAGUAAUCAACUUUAUCUGGAAGAAUGUGAUCUGUAGAUUUGGAGUCCCAAAGGAAAUUGUCACAGACAAUGGUUCUCAAUUUAUCAACGUAUCUACACUCAAGAAGCGACUAGAGGCGGCAAAAGGUAAGUGGGUUAAGGAAUUUCCAGCUGUGCUAUGGUCUUACCGUACAACAGAAAAGACUUCCACUGGUGAGACCCCUUUCUCUUUAACUUAUGGUUUCAAAGCGGUCCUCCCAGUUGAAAGAGGUCUUGAUACCUUGAGGAAAUCUACAGCAAAUGAGGAGACUAACUCUAAUCAAAUGGCAAAAGAGCUAGAUUUACUUGACGAAAAAAGAGACAAGGCCAAUUUAAGGAUAGCAUCGUACAAGCAAAUGGUAGCUCGACAUUACAACAAAAACUUGAGGACUCGUGCAUAUAAAGUUGGGGAUUAUGUCCUAAGGCGAACUUUUCAGAACACCAAAGAGGCUGGAGUAGGCAAGCUUGGAUCCAACUGGGAAGGACCCUACCAAAUUACUAAGGUGGUGGGGCAAGGAGCCUACAAGCUACAAGCAACUGAUGGAAGGAAUGUUACGAAUAGUUGGAAUGCAUGUCAUCUCCGACCUUAUUUUUACUAG